UGGUGUGGGGUGGUUGUGUUUUCGGUUAAUUUAUUUUAACGGUUUGUUGACAGUAAUUUACAAAUUCGUUAUUUGUAUUUGAUAAAUUGUGUGUGGAUAAUAGUUUUUGUUACUGUUGUGAGUGAUAAAGUGGUAAACAAUGGCGACUCAACCCGAAGUCGGUGUGUCCGACUUUGUCCUAUUGGACAAUUUGACGACGGACAAAUUCAUCGAGAAUUUGCAUUUGAGGUUCCAACACAACAAAAUCUACACAUACAUCGGCGAGGUGCUGGUGUCAGUGAACCCGUACAAGACACUAGACAUCUAUGGCCCUCAGCAGAUGGCCCAGUACAGGGGCCGCGAGAUGUUCGAGGUCCCCCCACAUGUCUACGCUGUUGCCGACGCCUGCCAGAGGGUGUUGCGACAACAGGGCAGAGACACAUGCGUGCUGAUAUCAGGAGAGUCGGGUUCCGGCAAGACGGAGGCGUCCAAGUUCAUCAUGAAGUACAUCGCCGCCAACACCACGCAGGUCCACAGGGAAUAUAUUGACAGGGUUAAAAACGUCCUCAUCCAGUCAAACUCGAUACUCGAGACCUUCGGGAACGCGAAGACGAACCGUAACGACAACUCUUCACGGUUCGGCAAAUACAUGGACAUCCACUUCGACUACAAGGGAGACCCGGUGGGGGGGCACAUCAGUAACUACCUGCUUGAGAAGAGUCGAGUGGUCUCUCUCCAGCCCGGCGAGAGGAACUUCCAUAGCUUUUAUCAGCUUCUCAGCUCAAACAACGCAGUAGCGAAGAAGUUCGGUCUAUCAUCAAGUGCUACAUACCAAGUGCUAGGCAGCGAGCGAGUCACGGCGCAGGACUCGAAGCUGCACUCCGUCACCAACAGUGCGUUCAGUGCUCUUGCCUUCCAGCCGUCUGUGGUCGACGACAUCUGGAGCAUAGUUGCUGGGGUCAUAUUACUCGGCGAGCUAACUUUCACAGAGACGCCAGAAGGGGAGCUCUCAGUGGGCGGACCUCUCAAACAAUGUGUGUCAGCCCUUGGAGUCACCGAGCAGGCGCUGAAAACUUGUAUGGCGGGCAGAGUGCUGGCGGCGGGCGGCGAUCUGGUCAGCAAGCAACACUCGCUCACAGACGCCAACUACACGCGACUAGCGCUUGCUAAGGCUGCCUACGACCGGCUCUUCACCUGGAUUGUGCAGCAGAUCAACAAAGCAAUCGAAGUCCCCCACGGCACGUACAAGAGCACGCUGAUCGGCGUGCUGGACAUCUACGGCUUCGAGAUCUUCGAGACCAACAGCUUCGAGCAGUUCUGCAUCAACUACUGCAAUGAGAAGCUGCAGCAGCUGUUUAUUGAGCUGGUACUAAAACAAGAGCAAGAAGAGUACGCCCGGGAAGGCAUUCAGUGGACGCCGAUCCAGUACUUCAACAACCGAGUGAUCUGUGAGCUCGUGGACGCGCCGCACCACGGCAUCAUCGCCAUCAUGGACGAGGCGUGUCUCAAUCCCACCAAGAUAUCAGACAAGCAGCUGCUAGAAGCAAUGGACAAGCGUCUCAGCGGACACAAGCACUACACCUCGCGGCAGCUCGCGCCCACAGACAAGAAGCUCAAGCACAGUGUCGACUUCAGAAUCACGCACUACGCGGGCGACGUGACGUACGCGAUCACAGGCUUCAUGGACAAGAAUAAGGACUCGCUGUGGCAGGACCUCAAGCGGCUGCUGCACUCGUCCACCAAUCGGUCGCUGACUGAGAUGUGGCCGGAGGGCGCAACCAAUAUACAGACUACGUCCAAACGUCCCCCGUCGGCGGCGACCCUGUUCCGCAACUCGAUGGCUUCUCUGGUGACGGGGCUGCAGAGCAAGGAGCCCUUCUACGUGCGCUGCGUCAAGCCCAACCCGCUUCAGGCCCCCAGCACGUGGGAUGAUCAGCUGGUCCGCCACCAAGUCGCCUACCUAGGCCUAGUAGAGAAUGUCCGCGUGCGUCGCGCCGGGUUCGCGUCCCGGCAGCGCUACGACCGGUUCCUCAAGCGGUAUAAGAUGCUCUCACAGUACACGUGGCCCAACUUCCGCGGCACCAACGACAAGGACGCCGUCAUGGUGCUGCUGCAGGACUUGAGGGUCACCGAUGUGCAGUUUGGACACACUAAGCUGUUCGUUAGGAGCGCCAAGACCCUGCACAGCCUGGAAGCGGCUCGCGCCGAGCUGAUCCCGUCCAUCGUGGUGCUGCUUCAGAAGCAGUGGCGCGGGGCCCUCGCACGCCAGCGGUACCGCAAGAUGAAGGCCGCUCUCACCAUAUACAACGCUUGGAAACGCUACCGCUGCCGGCGCUACAUCGCGGAGGUGCAGGCGGAGCUGCAGCGCCACGGCGGCGAGGUGGCGCGCUGGCCGGCGCCGCCGCGCCGCGUGCCGGCCGCGCUGCUGCGCGCCGCCUACCGCCGCUGGCGCGCGCACCUCACGCUGCGGCCCAUCCCGCGCGACCAGUGGCCGCAGCUCAAGAUGAAGAUCUGCGCCGCCAGUGCGCUCAAGGGCCGCCGCAACGAGUGGGGCGCGGGCCGCCAGUGGCUGGGGGACUACUUGGCCGAUGACAAGUAUAAUUCCAAAUCGGCGCUCUACAAGGCGACGAUCUCCUCCCUCCAGAAGUCCCAGCAGCUGGGCCGGCCGCUGUUCUCGUGCCGCGUGCACAAGUUCAACAGAUACAACAAGAUGGCUGAGCGCUGCCUGCUGGUGACCGACUCAGCGGUGUACAAACUGGACGCCAACACGUUCAAACCCCUGAAGAAACCUACGUCUAUUACUGAGGUGGGAGCAGUCCGCAUAAUGAGCACGAGUGUACAGCUGGUGGUGAUCAGCAUACCGUCGGCCAAGAACGACCUCGUGGUGGGGCUGGUGAGUCCCAGCGCUGGGGCCGACCUGGUGGGGGAGCUGCUAGGAGUACUGGCCAACCGGUACCAUAUGUUAACCGGCUCGGAACUGACAGUGGAGGUGGAGAGUGGUGCCACCACUCGCUGCACUCUCGGCGGCAAGACUCGAGCCUUACAGCUGCCCUCCCCCACUCCAACCCCGACAGCUAAUGGCGCGGUGCCGCCCUUCACGCAUGCGCACAACGUAAUUACGUAUCAUCCCGCGUCCGCGCGCGCGUAGCUCUGAAGUCUACUUUCUUUGAUUCGCAUUAGAUGUAUAGAAAAAGGAUGGUAGAAACAAAAGAAGAAAGUGUAAAAUAAAGUAAAAUGUUUGUACAUUUACCGAGUAAAUGCUAGCCACUCUAGCUUCCUAGAGUAGUAAAGAAUUGAAAAGUAAUGGCAAUCGCUUCUCUAAACAUAUGGUACCUGUCAAUAACUGACUUCAGGCAAUGACGUACUAAAAGUCUGUUAAGUACCAUAAUGCAACGCGUAACCCGGACAGAAUGAAAACCUUAGUCAUUUUCUUUGCUUUUCUUCCAACGGUAUAGGUUCCGUCGUUUAUCCGCUUGGAGCGCUACCGUCCGCGGCGUAGGAAAAUAUUGUUGUCUUGUUAAAAGCCUAGAUGGCGUUGACAACUAUGAGCGUUGUGAGACUGCAACGCCAUCUAGCUUAUUUUUGUAAAAUUAUUAAGAGAAACAUCUUAAACUUUUUCGGAUUACCUCUCUUUCACAUUUGUCAUCUUACCAGCCGUGCGCAUAGUAACGUUUUAAUACAACUAGAGAUGUGUAGUAUAUUAAAAAAUUACAAAAUAACGGGUUACGCGCUGCUAUGGCGAUUGACAGUCCUCUAGUCUCUAUAAAGUACCUAUUAUAGUUCGUCUAUGCGUCUACGCAUGGGUUAGGUAAUCGGAUCGUAAUGGUGCUGACUCCCAUAUACACCAUCUAACUUUAUAUUAACUUAUGUCUGUCAUUUUUUUAUUCGCCGAAAAGGAAAGGGACGGGUAAUCGAUAGGCAUAAAACUUCACAUGUCUAAAAAACCCAAUUUUUUAACCUACAGAAUUAAUUUGACAGCACACGUCAAACGGGUUUCAUAUCAGUGAGGGUUAUUCAUUCAUUUUAAAAUUAACAGUUGUCAAUCAUCCGUCACUUUCCUUUUCGGCGGUUAAGAAAAUGACGGGUAUAACUUAAAAUUAGGAGGUGCCUGCAGGAAUCGGGGCCACUAUCAGGAUAAAUAGGCUGAUUAUGGUGGAAUGGAUUUAUAUCAAGAGGCCUUAGAUCAUGUACGUAAUUACAGUGUCUUACAGAAUUUAAAAUAAGAAUCGACUGAAAGUUGGCAUUUCACGUUUUUCUAAUCGAUUUUAUUCCAAACGCCUGGAAGAGGACUUAAAAAGUUUCAUUGAAUACUGAAUAAAGUAUUUAAUAUCUUAAUUAGUAACGGGUAAUGAAAUGGCCCUAGUAAUUUACGCUUUGGUAAAUAUGUAUAAUAAUUAUUGUAUAAUUAUAUAUUUAAUUAUUUUUGAAAUGGAAUUUUAUACUUCUGUAAAGGGCUUUAUAGAAAUUGAAUUUACCUUUUUUGUAUUUCUGUCCCGACAUUGUUGUAAUAAUAAAGUUGUAACUAAUAAUAAUGUUAAGUACCUUAUUGUUAACUCACAGAAGUGAUAACGCUAGUACGUAAACAAAUUAGUUUAUUUUAUGUUAUUUUAUUUUUAAAAUAAGAGGCUGAAUGUCACUUGUCUGUGCCGACCCGGGCAACGCACAAUAAAUAUAUUAAUGUCAUUUUUGAUACGGUGACAUCGGGUGAGUUUUUUUGGCGGGAAUGGGACGGUUGCUUUCUUCAUUGAAUAAUCUAAAUAAUUGUUGAAGUGGUGUUUUGUGGGUAAUGAUCGCAUUAAGUUAGUCCGAAAUCGUUUGCGAUAGUGCUAUUAUAUCGGAAUAUUCAUGAAAUAAAGUGUACCUAUCUGUUUUCGCUUCGUGCCAUGAAGCCGCUUCAAAACACGAAAGCUUAUGCAGACUUUUCUGUUAAUUCAUUUGAGGUCUGGAGUAGGAGUCUGCUGCGAGGGUGGGGGCUUAGGUUUCAACAUUAAUCGUGAUCACCUUUCAUCAUUUCAUUAAUCAUCAAGAAAAAAAAAUACUUAAGACUUGGCUGUAUGGGCGUAGUUCUCUUUGCCUUGCCCUUCGGGGAAAAGGAAAAACAAAAUGAUACCGGGUGAGAGUUCUCAGCGCUCCUCAUUAGUCUGGCCAAGUAGUUAAUGCGUUCUGCGGCAAAUCACGCCUAUUUCUCAUCGGGGUAAGCAGAGGCUAUGGAAUUCCAUUUGCUUCGAUCCUGACACACUUUUCUUGCUUCCUCCACGCGUAGUAAUGUUUGUAUUAAAUAACCAAAUA